AUGCUACAUAGAAAGCUGCUUUGUGGAGCUAAUAAGUUUGUUUCAAACCAAUCUGUGAGGACUUUAAUGCUUCAAGAAUAUAAUGGAAUGACUGUUCUCUCUGAAAAUAAUGUUCGAGUGCCUCCUUUUGGAAUUGCUACAAGCGCUGAAGAAGCUUAUAAUCAGGCAGUGAAAAUUGGUGGGAAAGAUUACGUUGUUAAAGCCCAAGUUUUGGCUGGCGGGCGUGGCAAAGGCAAAUUUGACUCUGGUCUGGAGGGAGGAGUUCAAAUUGUUUUUACACCCGAAGAAGCCAAUGAAAAGGCAAAACAAAUGAUUGGGCACAAGCUGAUCACAAAACAAACGGGUGCUGAAGGACGACCUUGCAAGGCAGUUUUGGUCUGCAAAAGGCUUUUUACUCGUCGAGAAUAUUAUUUUAGCAUAACUUUGGAUCGAACAACUAAUGGCCCCAUUCUAAUCGGCUCUUCAAAAGGAGGUGUUAACAUUGAAGAAGUUGCUGCAACUGAUCCAGAUGCUAUAAUAACAAUUCCUAUCGAUAUAAAUGAAGGGGUAACAAAAGAAAAUGCUGAAAAAAUGGCAAAGAAAAUGGGAUUUGCUGAUGAAUGUUUAACGGAAGCGACGGAGUUGAUAAUCAAUUUGUACAAUUUAUUUAUCAAAGUUGAUGGAAGUUUGUUGGAAAUUAAUCCUAUGGCUGAAAAUGUUGAUGGACAGGUUUAUUGUAUGGAUUGUAAAUUAGUUAUUGACCCAAAUGCCGAAUACCGCCAAAAAGCUUUGUUUGAACAAAAAGAUACCAGUCAGGAAGAUGAAUUGGAAGUUAGAGCACAAAAAUCUAAUUUGAAUUAUAUUCGUUUGGAUGGAAAUAUUGGUUGUAUGGUUAAUGGUGCUGGUUUGGCUAUGGCAACAAUGGACAUAAUUAAACUGCAUGGAGGCGAACCAGCCAAUUUUCUUGAUGUUGGAGGUGGUGCAACAGUUGAACAAGUUUAUGAAGCAUUCAAAAUUAUAACUUCUGACAGAGGAAAAGUCAAUGCAAUUUUGGUUAAUAUUUUUGGAGGAAUUAUGAGAUGUGAUGUUAUUGCGCAAGGAAUUAUUAAAGCAGCGAGUGAACUUGACUUGAAAAUACCUAUUGUUGUUAGACUACAAGGAACGCGAGUUGAAGACGCAAAGGCAUUAAUUGCUCAUUCAAAAAUGCGUAUACUUGCUUGUGAUUCGCUUCAAGAGGCUGCUAAAAUGGCUGUAAAGGUUUUUUUUUAAAUUUUUUUUGGAUAAAUAGUAUCGUUUGUGUGGGUUAUUUUUUUAAAUAUUUUUUGAUUUUCUUUUUUACUAAAGUACCUAAUGGAUUUUUAUACAAAUCCAAAUCUGUAUAAUUAAGUGAACAGCUUUGAGAAUCAGGUCCACGGUCACAGCAGGGAUGGGACGGGUUGAGAAAA